AUGGAUCCUCUACGAUUGUUGACAAGAUCGACUAAAUUUGCAAAGAAGGGCACAUCGACUGGCACGCAGGCACACACGCCGUCCUCGGGACCUGCUUCGAACCCGCAACUCUUCGACCAUGGCAAUGAAUCACAGGGCCCGAACCGCAAACGUAAGAGAGGGAGUGAGACAGUGACAGCCAGUUUGGACUUUUUCGGUGGAGGCGCAUCAGCCAAGGAACAAGAUGGCGAGCAGAAGGAGCAGGACGCCUCAGAAGAGCAAUCGAGUCUGCAACAACAACAAGCUGCAGCGCCUGUAGCAAUGAGCACCGAAGAGUGCAAGCAGCUACUUGGGCGCCACAAGGUCAAGGUCUCUCUGUUUCGUCACGACAACGACGAGGCACCUGCAAAGAAGAAAAAGAAGGAAAAGGCCGCCAAGGACAAGACGACGUCCCAGAACCUGUCUGCUCAAGCGAUACCACUAUAUCCUGCUCCCGUCAGCGACUUUAGCAGUCUAGCCCCCAGAUACCGCAUCUCGAAAGCCCUUCUCCGGAACAUCAAGGACAAUGGCUACAGCACAACCACCGAAGUCCAACUUGGCGCAUUGCCCAUUUUGCUCGACACACGCGCACAUCUGCUUGCACAGGAUCCACCCGCGGACCAACAACAUGAGCCCAUUCUGGACGUUGAUCUCCUGAGCAUUGCACCGACGGGCAGCGGCAAGACUCUGGCCUUCAUGAUUCCUCUAAUCCACGCUCUGGUCCUCGCACGUCGCUCUCAAACACACUCUGGCCCUCAAGCUAUAAUCCUCGCACCCACCAAGGAGCUUGCCAGUCAGAUUGCCAACGAGGGCAGGAAGCUGGCCCUCAACACUGCAAUUCGCAUCACUAACGUGCGCAAGGGAAUGCACCUCGGCUCAGAUCCCUUGCCCGACGCGGAUGCCUCUGGAAAGGAGGUGCCUCCUGUCAAGGCUGAUAUUCUCGUUUCAACCCCGGCUGCUCUGAAGAAUGCUAUAGGCGAUGCCAAUACCGCUUCGAACACUUUGUCUCAAAUCCGCUUUCUGAUCCUCGACGAGGCCGAUGUUCUUCUGGAUCCCUUGUUCCGCGACCAAACCCUGGCUGUAUGGAAUGCCUUAUCAAGUCCAGAUCUGCGUACUGGUUUCUGGUCUGCCACUAUGGGUUCUAACAUCGAGGAGCUUGUCAAAGCCACCAUCAAAACCCGUGCCGAGAGGCUCUCCGAGACCAGCUCCACCCGAGUCCAGAUCGCGCCCUUUGUACGCCUUGUUGUUGGCCUCAAAGACUCGGCUGUGCCCAAUAUUGACCACCGCCUGAUCUACGCCGCCACAGAGCAAGGUAAGCUCAUGGCACUCCGCCAGCUUUUACAUCCUACUUCCACAGGAGUCGACACGCAGCCUGUCGUCCGUGCCCCCUUCCUCAUCUUCACCCAAACAAUAGAGCGCGCGGUUGCCUUGCACUCUGAACUUCUCUAUGACAUUCCUGCCGAAGCAGGUGGUAUUUCACGUAUUUCCGUUCUGCAUUCGGAUCUUUCCGACACUGCCCGCGAUCACGUAAUGACCCGCUUUCGCAAGGGCGAGGUUUGGAUCCUGAUCACCACUGAUCUCUUGUCACGAGGUGUCGAUUUCCGCGGCAUCAACGCUGUGAUCAACUACGAUGCGCCGACGUCUGCCGCUGCUUAUGUACAUCGUGUUGGGCGUACAGGCCGUGCUGGUAGAGAGGGUGGUGUAGCCUUGACCUACUAUACAGAUGACGAUGUCGCGUCCAUCAAGACAGUUGCCAACAUCAUCGUUGCAAGUCAAAAGCAGAAGGGAGCAGCAGGUGGCACAACAAACAUUCAACAAUGGUUGUUGGACGCUCUACCCACACCAAGCAAACGCGACAAGCAGCAGCUCAAGAAACGUGGUAUCGAGACUAGAAGAUCUGCUUCUGGCAAGGAUUCCAAGACCGGCAAGCCAAAAGCGCGUAUCAGUACAAAGAGCGGUUAUAUCCGAAAGCUCGAGAACAACAAGAAGGGAGCAGUUGCAGCGAGCAAGAACCCACGAGAAUCAGGCGACGCAUCAGACUCGGGUGAGAGCUUUGGCGGAUUUGAAGAAUAG